AUGACUCGAACCGAACUACCCCAAUCCGACUUGUUUCCUACCAUCGACCUAGAGCGCCUCGUAGCCAACUCCGGCUCCGAGAAUGCAAAACUACUCGAGGCUUGUAAAUCGAACGGAGUGUUCUAUCUCGACUUUCGAAACUAUGCCGCCACUCGAGACAUUGGCCGGCAAACGGAGGCCAUCUAUGCUGUGUCAGACCGCUACUUCGAGCAGCCCAUCGAGGUGAAGAUGAAGGACUUGAGGAAAGACCAACCAGCCUCUAGUGACCGAGGGUUCAAGUUCUACGAUUUCGAAGAAACCUUCGAGAUCUCGCACGAUGAGAUGCAACAAGGCAGCUCACGGCUGUCUGGUCCGCUCGCAGAAAACGAACCUCUGCUCAGUGAAUUCCACUCACACUGCCACAAAGCUUCGCACCUGAUCCUCUCCCGCUUAGAGGAAGCACUGAACAUCCCCCUCCGGAGCUCCCACCGUCCCGGACAACCCAGCGAGACCGGCCUCAAACUCGUCGCGGAGCCAUCAUUCCCCACAAUCGCCGACGUGCCGGAGACCAAGCAUACGGACAGCGGCACGUUGACGUUCGUCUUCUACGAUAAAUGGGGGCUCCAGACCCAUCUAGCCGAGAAAGGUCCAGAGGACCGGACAGAGAACUGGGCUUUCAUCCCUCCACCUGCACCAGGCUGUGUUAUCGUCCAUGUGGCCAACACGCUGCAGCGGUUGUCAAAGAACCAGUUGCGCUCGCCUGUGCAUCGGACCAGUCAGCCUGAGGAUGGGCAGGAGAAGAGAUACGUUCUCACCUACUUUUUGAGACCGGAGGACGCAGCGAAAACUCAGGCAGUUGCGGCUUAG